GGUGAUAGUAGUGGUGGUGGUGGUAGCGUGGGUGUGCGCAGGGUGGAGGUGCGCAGCAGUGUUGGGUGUCACUGUGACACGCAGGCGUCCUCGUCCAGCACCUAUUCUCUCUUCUCCAGGACGCUGCUCUCUUCUACGUAUGUGAAGCCCCUUCAAGAGACAUCAUGGUAGGCACUCGUGUGUAUGUUGGUGGACUCAGCUAUCGCGUUGGGGAAAGGGAUCUCGACAGAUUCUUCAGGUCAUACGGCAGAUUAAGGGACAUAGUUAUCAAGAAUGGCUUCGGUUUUGUGGAGUUUGAUGACGAUCGUGAUGCAGAUGAUGCUGUCUAUGAGAUGAAUGGUAAAGAGCUUCUUGGUGGAAGAGUAACAGUGGAAAAGGCUCGUGCUGCUCCACGAAUGCGCUGGCCUCGAGCACCACCCCCAAGAGGAUUUCAUUCUAGUCGUUUUGGCAUGGCUGCUCGAACAGAUUACCGUCUGACAGUUGAGAAUCUCUCGAGCAGAGUCUCUUGGCAGGAUCUUAAAGAUUUUAUGAGGCAAGCUGGCGAGGUCACUUACGCAGAUGCUCAUAAAUACAGAAGAAAUGAAGGUGUGGUAGAAUUUGCUACUUAUGCAGACAUGAAGAAUGCUAUGCACAGAUUAGAUGGUAAGGAAUUACACGGAAGACGUAUACGGCUUGUUGACGAAUCCAAGUCCCGAAGUUCUAGAAGAUCUCGCAGGUCGAGGUCAAGGUCAUCCUCACGAUCAAGAUCACGUUCACGCUCACGCUCACGUUCCAGCAGGUCGCGCUCCCGCACACGUUCCCACAGUCGAUCCCGUUCAAGGAGUGGCGGCCACAGCAAGAAACGUCGUUCUAAGUCUAAAUCUCGUUCAAAAUCUGGUUCACGCUCCAGGUCAAGAUCAGGAUCAGAGAGGUCUAAAUCAAGAUCAAGAUCCAGGUCUCGCUCAAGGUCUCGUUCUCAUAGUCCUACCCCAGAGAAGAAAAAAUCACGCAGUCGCUCAAAAUCUGCUGAAGCAGAGAGUGACUCUGAAGAAGAAAAGUAAUCAGUCUAACUGGUUGUGGAUUGUGCAUUGUCAGUACAAUUGGAUAAUAAUUCCUUUCAGAUUAAAAUGAAUAUGUAUGUUUCUGAGCAUUUUGAAGUUGUUGACUGAGACCCCAUAUAUUUUUAAUGUGAAAUACAUUAUAAGAUUGAGUCUUGAAAGAAUUUCCUCCUUGGAUUAGAAGAAUGAACCAGUUAUCACUGCCAUUUUGCUGGCAGUUAAGAUUCAUUUUCUAUAAACAGAUAGUAAAAACCAUUAAAACUGCACUAAUUGCUGUGCAGGAUUUUUUUUAAAAGGCUUGGGAGGUGGGUAUAACUAGCAUCAAAAUGGUUCAUUGCUUUAGCAAUGAGCUAAUUAGAAUUCUAUUUUCCUUUACUUCUAAUCUAUGUACUGAUUUAUUAUAGAAAAUCUGCAGUUUAUUGAGGUAUGGACUUUUAAUUUAUUAAGAUUAAACUUGAGCAUUAGCACCCCACCCUAACAUUUGAAUUUGUUUUAAAUCAACACUGAAACAAUUGUAUAAUUGGAAUGAAGGAAUAUUAAUAUGUUAGUCAAACUUAGUUACUAGACUUUUAUCAUUUCACCCCUCAAGGGAGGUACCUUGAUGCUGGUGAGGGGUUCUUGAUCCAAGGAACUGGACCUGCCCUCCCCUUCCUUGGAUUGAAUCUGAUUAUCUCCCCUGGUGCUGCAUAUCUCCUGUGGGUUUAGUGCAUCCCACUGAUUAAAAAAAAAAUUGUCAGUUCACUUAGUGGAAUGAUAAUCACUGUGAAUGUUACAAAAAAAUGCACUACUGUAAUUGUAAUUACAGUUAGGAAUCAUUUAAGUAUAAUAUGCAGGAGAAUUCAGUUUUGUCAAAUGGCAAUAUUUUGGGCAUAAAGUAUUGCCAUAUUGCCCUCAUGAAUUUGCACAUUACAUAAACUUUCUCUUGAGGAAAUAUUGCCUAGUGUUCGAUUAUACACCUCAGAUUUCUAUGAAUACUGAUCACUUAGUUUCAUGGAAUAAUUAUAAUUGUAUACCCUAGGAGGAUAAAACUUCUAUUUAGGUGUAUUUUAUAAAUGAAUUUGAUAUAUUGAAGGCAUUUCUUAUUGGUUCUCACUGUUGUUGGAGAAUGUCUCUGCACCACUGUGCUGGAAGGAUAUUGAGGAUGUGUGGUAUUUAUCAGCUCUGGGUACAGUACACAAAAGUAAGUGUGUCUGUGUGUCUGUCAGACUGCAGUAAGAUUAUUAAAGCCGAUUUACAAAAUUAGUGCAUUCAUGUCUCAAAAAUGAAGAUUACAAAAAAUUCCCUUAGUCUAGUGACAAAAGUGGAUUUGUUUCUUCAUACACCAACUUAAUUUUUAAAUUGUUAAAUAUUUUGAUGCCCUCUAAACAGGAAACUGAAAUUAGAUCAUUAAGACUGAUGCUUGUGCCACUUUGACAGUUCCUACAGUAUCCUUUCUGCAUUAAAGUGCUUUGAUGAUCCAGGUGUUAAUUGGAACUUUUGGGUGUUGCAUAAUAGUGUUCACAGCAUGAAUGUUAAUUUGAAUGAGUGAGGUUAAAUUUGUUUAUCAAGAGUUUGUAAGUAUUCUACUUGCAAGUGUCAUUCUAUUAUAUUUUGAGACUGCUCAUAGAUUAUUUAUAUAAAACAGCAGUUAAAAACCUUUAUCAAACAUUAUUUAAGUGCAUUUAAAAACCACGAGAUAUUAUUUAUUUAAUUUCCAGAAAGCAAUACUUUGGCGAGUCGUAACAAUUAUGAUGUUUGGUACAUAUGAUCUGGAAUGUUAGUGUAAUAUAUAUUUAUGUACAGAAUUUAGUGUUAAUGUUUGGUGAAUAAAGCCCCAAAUUGAAAGUAAAGUAUACUGUAAUAAAAUUAUAAGCUAAAAUAAGACAAUUUUGUGUAAAUAAUUGUAAGUUUUUGGAUGCCAGAAUAAACAUUGUAUAUAAAAA